AUGGCCGACACCGAGUCGCCGCCCGAAAUGCAAGUGGCAGAGGAGAAGCGCACAAACGGUGAGCUGCAGGAGCAGCCGCCUACACCAGAAGAAGAGGAGAGGAAUAGAGAUGCACGCUCGCAGUCGGCAUCUGAGGAAAUGGACGAGAGAGCUCCCACAACACCAAGGGCGCCGCAGGAUCAGUCGGAUAUGCCUACGCCCACUGCUUCGACGCCUACGCUGAAUGUCCCGAAUGGAUCAGACACGCCGCGAACCGCCGAGUUCUUCGAACAGCGCAUGCACACCGAGACUCGCCCGCGAACAGACUCGCAGUCUACCGCGGCCACCGCAGCUACCACUGCCACGCGACCUUCAACACGAAGCUCCCUAGUGUUCGUGGUCACGGCACUCGAGACAAUAGCCGCGUCAAAGGAUGCAAAGAGGACGAAGAAGCUCGGGGAUACCACCGCGGCUGCGCUGGCCGCUAUCAAGAAAGAGGGAGACCCAUCACGCAUCAACCCCGAGAUCCUCUUCGAACCACUCCAGCUAGCCUCCGAGGCGCCAACCGUGACAGUCUCCAUCACCGCGCUUGACUGCAUCGGCAAGCUGAUAAGUUACUCCUACUUCUCCGUGCCAUCCGAACCGCAAGGCGACAACGAGGUCCCUCCCCUAAUCGAGAGGGCCAUCGACACAAUAUGCGACUGUUUCCAGGGGGAGGCAACACCGCCGGACGUCCAGCUCCAGAUUGUGAAGUCGUUGCUGGCAGCAAUCCUGAACGACAAGAUCGUGGUACACGGUGCUGGGUUGCUGAAGGCGGUGCGGUUGACGUACAACAUCUUCCUCCUCUCUAAGUCGAGUGCGAACCAGCAGGUUGCACAGGGCGCGUUGACGCAGAUGGUGGGCACUGUAUUUGAGAGGGUAAAGUCGAGGCUGGCAAUAAAAGAAGCUAGGAUGAAUCUCUCUCGCGUCUCGCUGAACGAGAAGGACGAUUCGGAAGAGAAUAUGCGGGAAGGAGUGGAGGAUAGUCCGCAAGGCGUAGACGAGCCAGAAGUAGACGGCGAUGGCGAGGAGGAGGGACAGUUCGACGCCGAAUUAGGGGAGCCCAGCGACAAGCCCGUCGACAAGCACACCGGUCCUAGAAUCACCCUGCAGAGCUUCGAAAACAACAUGAGCUUUAACGACGAUCGAAUACACGAUAAUGCGCCCACGCUUGUUACUCGGAUAAAAGGCAAACCUGGUUCGAGACACGUCUCAGGGCACGAAGCGUCGCCGAACCCGCAAGCCGAGAGCGAGGGCUCCGAGGAGGAGGAAGAGGACGAGAUCUUCGUCAAAGACGCCUACCUCGUCUUCCGGGCCAUGUGCAGACUAAGCACGAAAGCUCUGGCAGUCGACCAUGCCCUCGACGUGAGGUCGCAGGGCAUGAGGUCGAAGCUCCUUUCCCUACACAUCAUUCAUACCAUCCUCCAUAACAACAUCGCCGUCUUCGUGUCGCCAUACGCAACAAUUAGGAGCGGCACCGGGGACGAACCUACGACUUUCAUUCAGGCAAUCAAGCAAUACCUUUGCUUAAGUUUGAGCCGCAAUGGUGCAAGCUCCGUCAGCAAGGUAUUCGAGGUCGUCUGCGAAAUCUUCUGGCACAUGCUCAAAUACCUGCGCGUGAUGCUCAAGAAGGAGGUUGAGGUGUUUCUGAAAGAGAUCUAUCUUGCAAUUCUGGAGAAGCGCACUGCGCCCGCAUUCCAAAAGCAGUACAUUCUGACCAUCUUCGGAAGGCUAGCUGCUGAUCCUCGAGCGCUGGUUGAAAUGUACCUGAACUACGACUGCGACCGCACUGCACUCGACAACAUGUACCAGCGCCUGGUUGAGCACCUAUCAAAGAUAUCCAGUAAUCCCGUUUCUGUAACGCCUAUGCAGCAGCAAGCUUACCAAGAACACCGUGAAAAGCAAUACAAGCAUUCCGACUGGCAUACCCGCGGAACAUUACCACCUUCCCUCUCUACCGCAUCGAUGAACAUCCAUCAAGAGGCCGAGCACGCAUACCCACCGGAUUACGCCAUGAAGCAGGAGUCAUUGGGAGCGUUGGUAGAAAUUCUACGCUCGCUGGUGAACUGGUCUGAGCAAUCUGUGACCAAUGAUGCAAGGAAUUCAACUCUCGAUCUGAGAUCCUCGGUCGACAAUCUGAGAGCAUCCAUGGAUAAUAGAGGCCUUACCGACUCCCCCAACGUGGGUGUAGAUUCCGGAACAGUAACGCCGCUGGCAGAGGAUGAAUACAGCGAAUUGGAAAAGGCCAAGCAGAGGAAGACAGCGCUAGCAAACGCGGUGCGCCAAUUCAACUUCAAGCCAAAACGCGGACUGAAGGCCCUGAUCAAAGACGGUUUCAUCACAUCAGAGUCUCCAGAAGACAUUGCCCGCUUCUUCCAUCAGACAGACCUCUUGGACAAGGUGGCGCUUGGCGAAUUCCUCGGCGAAGGUGAUGCAGCGAACAUCGCCAUUAUGCAUGCUUUUGUAGACCAGAUGGACUUCACGAAGAUGCGUUUUGUGGAUGCCCUGCGACGAUUCCUGCAAAGCUUCCGAUUACCAGGUGAAGCGCAGAAGAUCGAUCGUUUCAUGCUAAAAUUUGCCGAAAGGUACAUUACCGGCAACCCGAACGCUUUCGCCAACGCCGACACCGCCUAUGUUCUCUCAUACUCCGUGAUCAUGCUGAACGUUGAUCAGCAUAGUAAAAAGAUGAAGGGCCCACGUAUGACACCGGAGGACUUUAUCAAGAACAACCGCGGAAUUAACGACAACGCCGACCUGCCCGAUGACUACUUACGAGCGAUCUACGAUGAGAUAACCCACAAUGAGAUCGUCCUGAACACUGAACAAGAAGCCGCCGCGGACAAGGGACUGAUUGCACCUCAGCCCACAGGAGGACUUGCUGCAGUUGGGCAGGCGCUUACAGGUGGUGGACGAGACUUGCAGCGGGAGGCGUACGUUCAGGCUUCCGAAGCCAUGGCGAACAAGACCGAGCAGUUGUACAAGCAGCUCCUACGAGCACAAAGGCGGACAACGAAGAGCUUGCCGGUAUCCAAGUUCAUUCCAGCGGUCUCAUCGAAGCAUGUCGGACCCAUGUUCGAAGUUACAUGGAUGCCUUUCCUUACGGCACUAUCCGCCCAGGCUCAGGAUCACAAUAUUGAGAUUGUGAGGUUGUGCAUUGAAGGCAUUAGACUGGCUAUCCGGAUCUCAUGUCUUUUUGAUCUGGAGAGCUCGCGGCAAGCAUUCGUCUCGUUCUUGGCGCGGUUCACGAACCUCUACAACCUCAGCGAAAUGACAACAAGGAACAUGGAGGCGCUCAAGGUCCUGAUCGACAUUGCGCAUACUGAGGGCAAUCUUUUGCGGGAAUCCUGGCGCGAGAUCCUCACUUGCAUAUCUCAGCUCGACCGCUUCCAGCUCAUCUCUGCUGGUAUUGACGAGCGCGCCGUACCCGACGUUUUGAAGUCCCAGUCACAAGGCAAGGGAGCACCACAAUCGCGGAGAUCGCUCAAUGUACCGGCGAACCGGCGACGGCAGCCGUCCCACUCCGGCAAUAUCCAUUUCCAAGCCGACGUGGCUGAGGAGAGCAGAUCCACUGAUAUCGUAAGAGGUGUGGACCGAAUAUUUACGAACACUGCCAACUUGUCCGGAGAGGCAAUCGUUGACUUCGUGAAAGCGCUGACCCAGGUCAGCUGGCAAGAGAUUCAGUCGUCCGGUCAAAGCGAGUCUCCUCGAACGUACAGCCUUCAGAAACUGGUUGAGAUCAGCGGUUACAACAUGACUCGUGUCCGAUUCGAGUGGACAAACAUCUGGCUGAUACUCGGCGCCCAUUUCAAUGAAGUGGGUUGUCAUACCAAUACCAACGUUGUCUACUUCGCUCUCAACUCCUUGCGGCAACUGUCCAUGAAGUUCAUGGAAAUCGAAGAACUCCCCGGCUUCAAGUUCCAAAAGGAUUUUCUCAAACCAUUCGAGCAUAUCAUCAGCAACACAAGCGUAGUCUCGGUCAAGGAUAUGGUGCUUCGCUGCCUCAUCCAAAUGAUCCAGGCUCGGGGCGAGAAUAUUCGAUCAGGCUGGAAAACUAUGUUUGGCGUCUUCACUGUGGCUGCCCGAGAGCCAUAUGAGGGUAUUGUCAACCUUGCAUUUGAGAACGUGUCUCAGGUGUACAACACACGCUUCGGUGUUGUCAUCUCCCAGGGCGCAUUUGCAGAUCUCAUUGUCUGUCUCACGGAAUUCUCCAAGAACUACAAAUUUCAGAAGAAGUCAUUACAGGCGAUCGAAUUGCUUAAGGCGUCUGUACCGAAGAUGCUACGCACCCCAGAAUGUUCGCUCUCUGCACGCGCCGGAUUCGUUAAAGAGUCGGAGAAGGGAUCGUCGAUACCGAAACAACCCAGUCGCCAGACUCAGGAAGAGCAGUUCUGGUUCCCAGUACUUUUCGCCUUCCACGAUGUGCUCAUGACGGGCGAAGAUCUUGAGGUCCGAUCGAGAGCCUUGAGUUAUCUAUUCGACACCUUGAUCACGUACGGUCGUGACUUCCCACAGGACUUCUGGGAUAUGCUUUGGCGUCAGCUCCUUUACCCCAUCUUCAUGGUGCUGAAAUCGAAGUCGGAGAUGUCAAAGGUCCUCAACCACGAGGAGCUUUCCGUCUGGUUAUCUACCACCAUGAUCCAGGCUCUCCGCAACAUGAUCAAGCUCUUCACCCAUUUCUUCGAGUCAUUGGAGUACAUGUUGGACCGUUUCCUUGACCUGCUCGCUCUGUGCAUUUGCCAAGAGAACGAUACGCUGGCUCGGAUUGGCAGCAAUUGUCUCCAACAGCUCAUUCUACAGAACGUGCAGAAGUUUACGCCGAGACACUGGAAUCAGAUUGUCAAAGCCUUCGUCGACCUCUUCCAGCGGACAGAGGCUACGGCGCUCUUCUCCGCCGCUACAUCCGGCUCAUCGUCCCAAACUCCCAACGGGUUCAAUGGUACGCCUCUUGGCACGACGCCGCCAAUAGAUUCGCCUCCUAAAGAGCUUUCGCUACAGACGCCCAGCGAAGAGGUGCCUCAGGACAAUGCCCUCGGUAUCAAUGGUCUCUCAAGCCCACGGCGUCCGUCUCUGGUGACGUCUGAUUCGUCGAGCGGCCCGGCCGGUGAUCAACGGAUGCCUUCACCUCUUCCGAAGCGCCAGACGCAGGAGCUAGAGGAUUACAGGCCUGAGAAUCAAGAUCUACAACAACCACCCAUCGUAGUGACCGCUGCACGUCGUCGUUUCUUCAACCAGAUCAUUACGAAGUGCGUCCUGCAGCUUCUAAUGAUAGAGACCGUCCAAGAGCUCUUCACAAACGAUGCCGUCUACGAGAAGAUACCAUCUGGCGAACUCCUCCGCCUCAUGGCGGUCCUCAAAAAAUCCUACCACUUCGCAAAACGUUUCAACGCGGACCGCGAUUUGCGGACGCGCCUUUUCCGCGAAGGCUUCAUGAAGCAGCCUCCCAACCUCCUCAAGCAAGAAUCCGGCUCAGCAUCAGUCUACGUCAGCAUUCUCUUCAGAAUGUAUCAUGACACAAGCACCGACCGUGCCGCGUCGCGCGCCGAAACUGAGGCGGCGCUCAUUCCCCUCUGCGAAGACAUCAUCGCCUCGUACAUCGAGCUCGAUGAGGAAACUCAACAGCGUAAUAUCGUCACCUGGCGUCCUGUUGUGGUCAAUGUACUGGACGGCUAUUGCGGAUUCCCUGCAGGCGAGUUCGAGAAGCACGUCGAUGUCUUUGCGCCUCUGGUGGUUGGCCUGUUGGGCACGGAGAUGGCCAACGAUAUCCAGAGGUCGGUGCAAGCACUCGUCAUGCGCAUCUUCGAGACGAAGUUGGGCACGGAGAAGGUAUCGCUCAUGACUCCUACUCAUAGGAGUCCGAGGGGGAGUUUUGGAAGCCCGGUGAUGAGAAGGGCGAGUCGGGGACGGUAA